CCCGGAAGGCCCCCGCGCCGACGGCGAUGGCGGCGUCGCGCUGCGCUCGGAGCCCCGCACGGUGACAGCGGGGCGCGAUGUGGUCCCGGCGCGGGGCCGGGCCGCGCUGCUGCGCGCUGUGCGCUCUGCUCGGGGCGCUGUGCGCGCUGCUGGGCGCCGGGCUGCGGCCCGUGACGGCGGUGGCGGCGAUGGCGGCGAGCGAGGAGCGCCGCUCGGCGAGCCCCGCCACGCCGUGCUGGAGGCGGGAGGAGUUCGUGGUGGCGCGGGAGUGCGGCCGCUGCUCCGGCUUCGAGGUGAAGAGCAUCCCCGAAUGCGGCCCCACGGGCUUCGUGGAGAAGAUCAGCUGCGCCGCCUCCAAGCGGGACGAAUACAAGAGCUGCCGCUCGGCCGUGUUGGAGGCGCGGAUCUUCUGGCGCUUCGUGGGCUCCAUGAUCUGCGUGGCCGCCGCCUGCGCCGUGUUGGUGGUGUGGAGGCAGCGGGCGUUGGACCGCAGGGCGCUGGAAAAGGUGCGGAAACAGAUCGAGUCCAUCUGAAGGUACCCAUGGCACAACCGCGGCGCUGCCACGGAGCCCCGGCGCGUGAUGGGACACGGAGCCGCCACCCGUGGGACUCCCGGCCCAACCGUCACCCCACGGACGCGGCGCCACCCCGUGGAUGCGCUGUCCCACCCGGAGGCGUCGCCCCAUAGGCACGGUGCGGUUCCGUGGGGCGCCGUCCCGCUGUCACCCCACGGACGUGCGGCGCUCCCUGCAGUGCUGCUCCACGUUGGGGCGUCGCGGUCCCCCCGGGCCGUGCAAUAAAAGCCGGGGUUGUCACCUCUGUA